AUGGCAAUGUUCCCCUCAAUCCUGUGCUCAAAUAAAAGUCUCCCCAUCCAUGUCAUCGCCAACAUCCAAUUCCUUGCCGCGGUGCUGCUGGUGCUUUGUGUCAUUUGUUUCCCGCUUGACUCGGACUCGAUUCAUUGUACAAUGUCGCAGCUGAUUCACUCCACCACUUGCCGUGUUGGUUGGGCGUACGCCGUCGGCUGUGUCUGCGCAAUGGUCUCCCUCUGUUGUCCCGUUAUGGGCAGGCUGGUCGCCGAAAAUCGCAGCCGUUUUGCCGUCGACUCCACCCGAAAUAAAGAAUACUAUAUU